CUGCGCACCCCCAAAAUGCAAUAACUUAGAAAGAGAAUGUCGGCAAACGAGAUACCUGACGAGUUAUGGAGGAAGAUACUAGAGAUUGGCGUAAAGUCGUCGACUUUCUCCUACAGAGAUCUCUGCUGCAUCUCAAUCUCCUCUCGCCGUCUCUGCCGAUUGUCCUGCGAUGAUUCCCUCUGGCUCCUUCUGCUCUUCCUUGAUUUCCCCAGCUACAUCGACUCUUCUUCCUCUUCUCAAUCUCCCACCAAGUUCAUCUACAGGACAAGGUUUGAGAGGGAGAAGGAAAGGAAAGUAGCUGCCCAUAGAAGAGUUCUACUGAGGAAGGAAAGUGAAAUUUCAGAGUGGGGCCGGAGGAUUCGUGAAUUGGAAGCUCGAUUUUCAGAGGAGGCAGAGAGAUUACAUGCUGCUUCUGCGGAAUUUUCAAAUUUGCAGAAAAUCAGGCAAGCAUCAGUAGCUUUGAACGUUUGGCAGCCAGAGGUCGUGCGUGGCAGACAAAAACAAAUGGUUGAGCAAAACGCUGUUCCUGUUGAGGGCCGAUUGCGUGCACUUGAGAUGGAAGUUAAGUUAUGCAAACAGCAAAUCAUGGGUGUGAAGAGGGCACUUAAGGAAGUAAAACACCGAUUUGACAUGGCCAAGAAAGAGCUAGAAUCCAUGAAGUACCAUCCUUUACGAGAUUAUAGAUUGAUACAUAGUGGAGAUCAAGUAAGUAAUCGGAAGAGGAAGAAGUUGAAAACGAGCAUUAAUUGGCAAAAAGCAGUUCCAGCUAAAAACCCGGCAAGACCCAGUAAGAAGACCAAGCUGUUACACUCAGAGUCAGAAUGAUGGUUGGCUGAACCAUUCCACAGAGAGACAGAACGCUGAGAGUUGUUGUUGUAUUAUUUGUAGUUUCUUUUCCAAUCAAUUUUUGCAAGAAGAACGUUGAAAUCUUGUCACAGAAGAGAAACGUGGUCGGGUGUGUAAGUUUGGUUGAUCUGUAGGUAUUGCAAUAUCAUGAAUAAAAGAUUUAUUUGCUGAAGUCUUGGUUCUUUGGCAUGGUUCCAUCUGGGUCAAAGGCUCUGUUGGUAUA